CUUGGGGACUCGAUGUGUGUGGAGGGCGCAUCGGCCUCCCUCCUCUGUCUGCUGCUUUGGUGUCAGUCCUCAUCAUCGUACUGAUGGUCCAGGAAAGCAGUGCAGGAGGACUCACUCCUUGACUACAAGUAGUAGUAGAAACUAGGUUAACAAACCAAAACCCAAAAGAUAAAAAGAGCGUCCAUAAACAGUGAUCUUUGCACGAGAGAAUGCAGUGGAGCAUGGCCAUUCCUAAGUAAGAGAUUUGGGGAAACAACUUUUGAAAAUGCUGUCCAGACUCUUUCGAAUGCAUGGCCUUUUUGUGGCCUCACACCCAUGGGAGGUCAUUGUGGGAACUGUAACUCUUACCAUCUGUAUGAUGUCUAUGAAAAUGUUCACUGGUAAUGACAAGAUCUGUGGCUGGAAUUAUGAAUGCCCCAAAUUUGAAGAUGAUGUUUUGAGCAGUGAUAUCAUAAUCCUAACAAUCACACGCUGUAUAGCAAUCCUUUAUAUAUACUUCCAGUUUCAGAAUCUGAGGCAGCUUGGAUCAAAAUAUAUUUUAGGUAUUGCUGGGCUCUUCACAAUCUUCUCAAGUUUUGUCUUCAGUACCGUAGUGAUUCAUUUUCUUGAUAAAGAAUUGACAGGCUUGAAUGAAGCUCUGCCAUUCUUCUUGCUUUUGAUUGACCUUUCCAGAGCCAGUGCAUUAGCCAAAUUUGCACUCAGUUCCAAUUCACAGGAUGAAGUAAGAGAAAAUAUUUCACGUGGCAUGGCAAUCCUGGGCCCUACAUUUACACUUGAUGCCCUUGUUGAAUGUCUUGUCAUUGGUGUUGGCACAAUGUCUGGAGUGAGACAGCUUGAAAUCAUGUGCUGUUUUGGCUGUAUGUCUGUCCUUGCCAACUACUUUGUCUUCAUGACGUUCUUUCCUGCAUGUGUGUCUCUGGUACUGGAGCUUUCGAGAGAAAGCCGUGAAGGCCGUCCCAUAUGGCAGCUUAGUCACUUUGCUCGUGUUCUAGAAGAAGAAGAAAACAAACCUAAUCCUGUAACACAGCGAGUUAAAAUGAUUAUGUCUCUAGGCUUGGUUCUUGUUCAUGCUCACAGUCGUUGGAUAACAGAGCCAUCUGCUCAGAACAGUACAACAGAAAUGUCUAUGGGACUGGAUGGAAACACACCAAAGAGAAUUGAACCUAAUGUUUCUCUGUGGCAAUUUUAUCUUUCCAGAAUGGCCAGUAUGGACAUCGAGCAAGUAAUUACACUGGGGUUAGCUCUUUUCCUUGCUGUCAAAUACAUCUUUUUUGAGCAGACAGAGAUGGAAUCUACACUGUCAUUGAAGAAUCCUAUCACAUCCCCACUAGUGAUUCAGAAAAAAAAUCCUGAAAACUGCUGCAUAAAACACUCUGUACCUUUAAAAACUGCCAGCCCCAGAAAAGUAGAAAACCUUCCAGUUGUCAAAGAAAAAAAAGAUGAAAUUAUAAAACCUCUUCUACCAGAAUCGCCAGCAAAGGCCACAUUUGUGGUUGGUAGUAGUACUGCAGAAGCUUCCUCAGUUAAUAACAGAAAAGAUCCUGGGAUUGAAUUGCCCAAAGAGUUGCGCUCUGUUGAAGAAUGUUUGUGCGUCCUUAAGAAUGGCACGAUGGGUGCAAAGUUCCUUACUGAUGCUGAGGUCAUUAGUUUAGUUAAUGCAAAGCAUAUUCCUGCUUAUAAGCUGGAAACUUUGAUGGAAACUCAGGAACGUGGUGUGUCCAUUCGUAGACAAAUGUUGUCUCAGAAGCUUCCCGAACCUUCCUCACUACAGUGUCUUCCUUACAAGAACUACAAUUAUUCUUUGGUACUGGGUGCCUGCUGUGAAAAUGUGAUUGGAUACAUGCCAAUCCCUGUAGGAGUGGCUGGCCCCCUUCUUCUGGACAAGAAAGAGUUUCAGGUUCCUAUGGCAACAACAGAAGGCUGUCUGGUGGCAAGCACAAAUAGAGGGUGCAGAGCAAUAUGCCUUGGUGGAGGUGCCAGUAGCCGCAUUCUGGCAGAUGGGAUGACACGAGGGCCUGUUGUAAGGUUACCCACUGCCUGCCAGUCUGCUGAAGUGAAGGCUUGGCUUGAAACGCCAGAGGGAUUUAAGAUAAUUAAAGAUGCUUUUGAUAGCACAAGCAGAUUUGCCCGUCUGCAAAGGCUUCAUAUUGGUUUGGCUGGCCGCAACCUUUAUAUUCGCUUCCAGUCUAGAACUGGCGAUGCAAUGGGAAUGAACAUGAUUUCGAAAGGCACUGAGAAGGCACUUGCAAGGCUACAAGAAGAGUUUCCUGAUCUCCACAUUGUAGCUGUUAGUGGUAACUACUGCACAGAUAAAAAACCAGCUGCAAUAAACUGGAUAGAAGGGAGAGGAAAGUCUGUGGUCUGUGAAGCAGUCAUUCCAGCAAAGGUUGUUAAAGAGGUCCUGAAAUCCACUACGGAAGCCAUGGUUGAAGUCAAUAUAAACAAGAAUUUGAUUGGCUCCGCAAUGGCUGGCAGCAUCGGCGGCUAUAAUGCUCAUGCAGCAAACGUCGUCACUGCUAUGUAUAUUGCAUGUGGGCAGGAUGCAGCACAGAACAUCAGCAGCUCAAACUGCAUCACGCUGAUGGAAUCAACUGGUCCUACCAAUGAAGAUCUUUACAUCAGUUGCACAAUGCCCUCAAUAGAAAUCGGUACAGUGGGUGGAGGAACCAACCUUUUACCACAGCAAGCUUGUUUGCAGAUGCUGGGGGUUCAGGGAGCAAGUACAGGCAACCCUGGGGAAAAUGCCCGUCAGUUUGCUAAAAUUGUGUGUGCUACAGUAAUGGCAGGGGAGCUCUCUCUGAUGGCUGCUUUAGCUGCAGGGCAUUUGGUCAAAAGCCACAUGAUCCACAAUAGAUCAAAAAUAAACCUACAAGAUCUUCAAGGAACUUGUACCAAGAAAGCUGUUUGAAUAUUGACAAACUUGAAGCAUAGCUAUGGCAAUAUGACCAGUGAAAAGUAACAACACACGAGCUGUGAAUUUUAGAAGGAAGCUAAAUCUUGAACACAGUGAAUUCUUGGAAAGAAACUUGAAAGAGGAACAGUGAACAUAUAAGCAGCCCGUGGCUUCCUGCAUCUCCCCCCCCCACCCACCCUUUGCCUGCCAUAAAAGGAUGCUUCUCUGGGGGAAGUGCUUCAGAUGGUUUUUAAUUUUGACACGGGAUUCUGGAUAACCUACAGUCAUUCGUUUAAUAGAGUGGGGCUCUAUGUAGUCUACCCAAGUUAUUUAAAAGUGUCAGCCUCUGUCCUUUUUUUGACAAUAUCCUGACUACUAUACUACUGAAAAAAAGAGUUCAGUAACUUUUUUGUUUUUGUUUUCUAAAUCAGUCUACUCCAUUAGUUGCUUUGCAGUGUUCAUUGUGAUCACUAUUUUCAGAUUAACCUAGUAUGUCACACAUAAACAUGCAGCAGCCACCAACCUGCAACAAAUAAACUUCUUGGGGCAAGGAAGUAGCCAGGCCCACUGCUCCACCAAAUUACCCCCUUUUCAGCAAGAUGGCACAUUUGGGGAGUGAGAAUGGCUUGUUUGGCGAUUCAUUUUUUUGUAAUUGUCUUCAAGUCUCAUCUAACUGCUUCUUGCAAACCCUUGAUUUUGUUCAAUUUUUUAAGCCUAGGAUUUGGGCACUGGGAUAACUUAACUGACUCUCAGUAGUUUUCAGAAGUCAGAGUGCAUCGCUUUCUGUUGUGCUAUAUAUAUAGUUUUUAAACAUUCAUUCUCCAAUUUUUUAAAAAAGGAAUAUAAGCAUUUCUGUAAUACAGACAUGCUUGGUACAGACUAUUUCAGGGUAUAAAACCACAGAGUUGAAAUUAUCAGGUGUGUUCAGCAACUUUAUCUUGCACUGGGGCGAGAAACUUUCUAGCACAAUGCACUGGCAAGUUCUCCUGAGCAAACCCUAUGGAAAUGAAUGGUAACUGCUCAAGAGCACUUUGGUUCCUGUUCAUUUCAGUGGUGCUUUUCCCAGGAGAAUUUCACAGUGAACAGUGGACUGCACCCAUGGUAAAGUUUAAAUGGUUAGGGUUGUUUAGUAGGAAUGGUUUCAAGUAAGUCAAAAACAUGUUUACGGUAAUUCUUAAUUAUCACUUUAGAAGAUGGUAUGCUUGACUGCAGGAAUAGGUGUGUAUCUUGUGAUGACAGAGCUGUUAAACUCGCACUAUAUUACUGAUAUUUCAUAUUUUUCCUGAAGAAAUUGUAAGUUAUUUUUUUUAGCAAGUUCCAAGUUGCUUAUCACUUUUUGAGGACUACUAAGGUACAAGAGAAGUGAAUGCAACAGAGGGAUCUGCAUACCAGUGAAGUGUACCACAGCGCUACACAGAAGAACUAGUUGGAAGGGGACAGAUGAAAUGAUGGCUCACUGUUUUAAAUUGGCUGAAAUGAUGGCUUGAGGGCUGGGGUCCUUAAGCUUCUCAUUGGAACUCAUUGUGAGUGAACCUUUUGUGAAAGUUCAGCAUACAUUGUGAUACUUUUGUUUUUGGUAGUACAUAGCCUUAUUUGUAUGUAUUAGAUUCAUAGAGCUAAAGCAGGUCAACACUUGCUAGGUAUGUGCUGUGGCUACUUGUAAAUAGCAUCAUGAAUGUCCAUCUCCCUACAGUAUUGUUGUCUAGAAAUUACCUUUUCCUUAUUUAUGCAGAGUUUGAAUUUCUUGCUUCAAUUAUUUAAUGUGACACUGAGCUAGCAAUAAAUGGUUUGUUCAGUGUUCAUUUGGGUGAAUGUAACUGAUCUCUUUUAAAAAAACCAUUUUGUACUAUUACAAAAUUGUGUACAUUUUGGUACAGAUACUUUUUCAGUUUCAGUAAAACAAUGCAAAAUCCA